ACUUGCAUCAGCAUGUCGGCCUCUGCAGUUACUCAGCCCCAUCUCUCCAAACAAGAUCUAAGCAAUUUGGAUAUAAAUCAACUUAAUCCUUUGACACCAGAGGUGAUUAGUCGUCAGGCUACUAUCAAUAUUGGAACAAUUGGCCAUGUAGCUCAUGGAAAGUCAACAGUUGUAAAAGCUAUAUCUGGUGUGCAGACUGUCCGGUUCAAGAAUGAGUUGGUUAGAAAUAUAACAAUCAAAUUAGGCUAUGCUAAUGCAAAGGUUUACAAGUGUGAUAACUCGUCUUGUCCACGACCUGGAUGCUACCGAUCAUGUGGAAGUUCCAAGGAGGAUCACUUCCCCUGUGACAGACCAGGAUGCUCAGGGAGAUUCAGGUUGCUUCGCCACGUGUCCUUUGUAGACUGCCCUGGCCAUGACAUUCUUAUGGCAACCAUGUUAAACGGAGCCGCAGUUAUGGAUGCUGCAUUGUUAUUAAUUGCCGGGAAUGAGUCCUGUCCUCAGCCGCAGACGUCAGAACAUUUGGCAGCCAUAGAAAUCAUGAAAUUGAAGCACAUCCUCAUUUUACAAAAUAAGAUUGAUUUAGUGAAAGAUACGCAGGCUAAAGAACAGUAUGAACAGAUUCUCAAGUUUGUUGAGGGGACAAUAGCAGAAGGGGCACCAGUAAUUCCCAUCUCGGCUCAGCUCAAAUACAAUAUCGAUGUUGUGUGCGAGUAUAUAACGAAUAAGAUUCCAGUGCCUGUGCGAGACUUCACCUCAUUACCAAGGCUUAUUGUUAUAAGGUCGUUUGAUGUCAACAAGCCAGGUUUUGAAGUUGAAGAUUUGAGAGGUGGUGUUGCUGGUGGUAGUAUAUUGAGGGGCGUGCUGAAGGUUGGACAAGAAAUUGAGGUGCGACCCGGUAUUGUCUCCAAAGAUGACGAGGGCAAACUCUCCUGUAAACCCAUCUUCUCUCGUAUAGUUUCACUCUACGCCGAACAGAAUGAUCUUCAGUAUGCCGUACCUGGAGGGCUAAUUGGUGUUGGAACAAAGAUUGACCCCACCUUGUGUCGAGCUGAUCGUAUGGUUGGUCAGGUGUUGGGGGCGGUAGGAGCUCUACCUGAAAUCUACACAGAGUUGGAGAUCUCCUACUUCCGACUACGACGAUUGCUUGGUGUGAGAACUGAGGGUGACAAAAGAGGUGCUAGGGUACAAAAGUUGUCUAAAGGGGAGAUACUCAUGGUAAACAUAGGAUCUCUGUCUAGUGGUGGUCGUGUUAUCGCUGUCAAGUCAGAACUGAAGCUCGCCAAGAUUGGCUUGACCAAUCCAGUGUGUACAGAAAUUGGAGAAAAGAUUGCCCUCAGCAGAAGAGUGGAAAAACAUUGGAGGUUGAUUGGUUGGGGAGAGAUCAGGAGAGGAUUGACAAUCAAACCCGAUGGUGCACCAUCUGAAUAACUGGCCAUCGAAAACAUGUGCUGGAUUGUAUACUGGACUACAAAAUACAGUGGAACCUCCCUUAGCGGACACCUCUCUAUUAAGGACACUAGUUUUGGUCCCAAAUUGGUAGUUUCCUUUCAAUUUGACCUCUCUAUAAAGGACACCUCUCUAUAAAGGACAGCACUUGCCAGUCCUGAGGGUGUCCCUAAUAGAGAGGUUCUACUGUAUAUGAAAUAUGAGACAUAGUCAGACGUAAGUUGCUGUAAUAUGUACAUAUGCGAGAAGUAUGCUGAUGACAGAGUACCAAUACCUGUUCUAAUGCGGGUAUAAAAUAUGGCAGUUGAAAAUGUGAACUUUCUGUAUUGCUUUUCUGCUGGAUAAGGAUUUAAGCUAGCAGAUUUUUAUGGAGAGAAACUAUCUUCUUGAAUUUUUGUAGCUUAUUGACAUUUCAUCCGUGGAACCAAAUUUGACUAUGGACUGGUGUUUAUUUUUAAUGGCUGGUGAUGAUGACUUGUGCCAACUAAAAUGUCAAGAGUUAAUCAUGCUUCAAUCGUUGAAUAGGAGUACAGUGAGCAUUGCGUAUGUCAGACUCAACAGAAUUAAUAUUUUUUGUCCAUUAAGUACAAAUUUUACCCGAUGCUGAUAUGCAUAAACUGAAAAAUGUACAUGUACAGUAUGAGAUAAGCAGACAAAAUGUCCAAUAAAUGAUUAUUUAAGCAUCUACAAAGGGCACAAAUGCCUCCUUGGUUUACAUAUCUGAAGUGGACAAAUGUCAGAUUUUCAUAGAAGCAGCACUGUCCCGCUUCUGGAAGGUGCCAAGUGUAGGGAUUCUGGGAUAUGAAAAAUAUUGGCAUCGUUAUUAAAGGACCAUUGGUAUUAUUAAGGGCAAUAUUACUAAGCAGUUGGCUGCAGUCACCCCCUGUUCUACAUAAGUAGUUCCAUCAACAAUUUGCAAGACUUAAGGGCCCCAAAGUCUUGGCAAAACAACAUUGCUUCCACUGCUCUCAGUGACCCUGUUGACGAGUUGGAAUGAUGUAGCAAUAUUCGACUGGCUUCAGGGAGCGGGAAAGAAAUUCACGCACUAGCAAUUCAUUGACCCUUUGUGGGCGAAUUUUAACAAAAGUCGUGUUUUU